GUAUUAUACGAAUGUCUCAUAUCAGCAUAUCACUCUUUUUUCAUUCAGUUUCCAACCAUUGUUCUUGAAUUGUGAUAUUUUACAUAAUUCUUUACAAAGUCAUCCGGAUUUUACGAUACUGUGCGGAGAGCUUAUCGAUGUAGAAUUUGUUUUGUUGGACAAUAAAACGGUUUUACAACUCUUACAAAAUAUAACGUUGCCGUUGGCGUGAACGAGGAAAUGGAUUCAGUUAGUUUUGUUAUAUUAUCACUGAUUUCAUGUACUAUUUGGGAUCCGCGUCGCACGAAAUCGGCGUUUGUUAAGCAAAACAUGUUAAGUGGAAUUGACUUGAAUAUUUUAAGAAACCAAAUAGGUAAAAAUACAGUUGUAUCAUCGUUUGCUUUUCGGCUUCCCCUUUGCAAACUGGCAGCUUCGGCGUCAAGUACCACUAGACACGAAAUUAUAUCGAUAUUGGAUAUACACACACUAAGCCAGACAAAAACUUGUUACUCGAGCUUGUUUCCCGCUCUGUCACCCCUAUUAGAGACAGACUUAACCAUGUUGAAUAAGAUCUAUGUAAACUACACAAAUGAUAUAGAGGAUAAAUUUAUCCUGGACUCCCAGGGUUAUGGCAUAACUGUGUCUAAGAUAGGUUACAAUUAUCGAAAAGAUGCUGUUGCUUACGUGAAUCGAGAAUUCAGUUCCAAAACAUAUAUGCGUAUACGAGAUAUCCUCGACUUAAAUGACAUCGAUAAAAACUCUUCUAUAUUAAUUGUCAAUGGAUUUCAUUAUAAGGGCACCUGGGAAUCCAUCUUCGCGCAAGCUUCAGUGACAAGUAAGCAAUUCCGUAGUGGAAAACAGACUUUAAAGAUAGAAAUGAUGCAAACAAUCACACAAACAUUGUUCUUGAGCGAUGCAAAAGCACAAUUUAAGGCUAUUUCCUUACAUCUAUCUCAAGUUGGUGUGAUCAUGACAUUCCUGUUACCAUACCGCAAUUCAAGCAUUAUCAAGCUUCUAGACACUAUGUCACAAAAUCCCAAAUUAAUUGAGAAUAUAAAUAAGAGAAUGCAAUGGAAAUUCGUUAACGUUGCUCUUCCAAAAUUCAAAAUAAAAACGUGUUUGGAUUGGACGCCUUAUUUAAAGCAGAUCGGUCUCAGCCUAACAACUGAUAUGAAAAACACUGGCCUGAAUGGUAUCUUAAAAGAUAAGGCUUCUGGACCCAAUAUGUACGUUAGUAAGGCGAAGCAAAAACUUUUCGUAGAAAUCAGCGAGGGUCCCGGGCGGAGUCAAGUGGGCCUCGCCGAUACGCCGCAGGUUGUACCUGAAUUAAAGCACCCAGCAUCGCCUCCCGUGACCCUGGAGGAUUUUACAGUUGACGGUCCAUUCUUCUUUACUGUCACUAUGACUGUGCGUCAAGGAAAGAGAAAACGAUCUAAUAAAAUAUUUCGAGUGUUCACCGGAGUUUACUAUGGGCCGGAGUAA